CAGACUCUCUGCUCACGUUCAAUUGAAAAGAGGUAACACAGGGAUUUGGAGCAUGAAAAGGCACGCGCUCAAUGCCCGUUGUGUGUUUGUGUGUGUGUGUGUUCUUUCCUGUUUCCUUCUACACAAUUAUUUUAGCGCAUUGAAGAGAUUCACAAAUGCAUUUGUCGACAUGGCAUGCUGGGAAAAUAAAUGGCAUUCUUUCUUUCUGCAAGUGGUUACAUUGACGUAGGCAGAUUUACUCAAUGUAAUCCAAGACAGUUCAGACGAUGUUUUUACAAACUUGUGGAUGCGCCUUACGAAAAGUUAUGAUGUCACCAAUGAACACAAAGCCUGGCAAGGAGUUUCAAAACGGAAUUUGAUACAAGUGAUCUAAAAUGAUUUCGUAACAAAACAAAAAAGACUAUUGUUACAUUAAAAGAUAUCUGACAGAGUAUCCGCGUCCAACACGUCAUGCAGCCCAGUGUCUCACCUGUGUCUAACGACACCAACAACAACAGUGUGACAGAAGACAAACUUGACGACGGCGGUGAGAUCAGUGACGAGGAUCAGGUUGACAGCGACGAUGACAUCGACGAGAACGAUGUUGAAAAAGAAGGUGGAAAGUUCUCUGACGGCGAUUGUAGUUUAGAGGCAGGGGAACUGAAAGACCGCGGUUCGAGGAUAGCGCCCUGUAAACUUUCCUUCAGUAUUGAUCGUAUUCUACAAGGGGUCAAUGAGGACGCUAAGAGAGCCACAUCGCUAAGAGAAUUACAUGAUGCUAACAAGGUACUCGCCCAGGAAGAACCUUGUAAACACCCUUCCGCGGCCUCUGGGCUGGGUGUUUUUACCUGCCAGUCAACUGACAGAUCUCUCACUCGUCACGUCAGAGCCAUCGCUGAUGACAUACCAACUCCGUACCAUCACCCACUCCAAAUUGCGUGUUUACCAACUGAAGUCUGCAGGAUAGACUCCGGAGGGCUUGAAAUAAUGUCGUCACGUCCAGUUUGGCCUGAGGUCUUUGUUUGUCCCUGGACAGGAAUGCAAAGAGAUCGCUUUGGUCUUGUCAGACGAGUUGGACAUCCAUAUCAGAAUAGAACUCCUCCGAAAAGAAAAAAGCCGAGGACAGCGUUCACCAGGCAACAGGUUCUAGAACUGGAGAAGAGAUUCUCUAGGCAGAAGUACCUGGCGUCUGCUGAGAGGUCAGCAUUGGCGAAAUCAUUAAGUAUGACUGAUGCCCAAGUGAAGACUUGGUUCCAGAACAGGAGAACAAAAUGGAGACGUCAAACAGCCGAAGAAAGGGAAAUUGAAAGACAAGCGGCCCAUAAAUUUCUUCUAAGUCUCCGCCCAGAGGACGCUAGCAGACGAGGGAACGUGUGUUGCGAGCCUGCACCGAUAUCACAUUGAUAUCACAGCGCACCAUUAACUCUUGUUAAAAGCGUAAUAAGAAAGACUGUCCAAACAUGUCGCACAUUCUGGCCACAAAGACUUCAUUUCUUCUACAUUUAGAGAGUAUAUGUUCCUGGCCAAACUCCUUGUGUAUGUUUCAUUCAACAAUAAAUCUGGCGUUGAUUUUUGGUCUCACUUUGUAGUGGAAGAACAACACAUGGUAUUCUUUAGAUUUGUGAUUGACAUUUUCUGCUGAUACCUUUUGGUUCGUACAGAUCGUACUGUGCCAAAAAAAUGUGACCAUUUCCUCAAAGGAUGUUGAUGUUUUAAAAGUUAAAAAUUGUGUGUAAACUCACCACUUAGCAGAUCAUGAAGAUAAUUCAAGUAUCAGACUAUUUAGAUGGAUAAUGUUUGAGUUCAAGUGUCAGACUAUUUAGAUGGAUAAUGUUUGAAUUCCUGUUCAAUGGAGAUCAAUGCUGAAGCACAUUUAAUGAUAAUUGACAUAUGUUUCGAGUCAGUAGAGAGAAACAGUUUAUUUAUAUUAACAACUAAUUUCACGCCGCAUUUCAUCCAUUAUUCCUCAUUCUCAAACCUUUUUUUUUUUGACCGACUGAGCUUCGUGGUGCCAUUCAUGUCCAGAUGUUGACCACAAAAAUAGUAGCCUGGCCUCUCCUAUUUUUACUUCUGAGCAAACCACUAACACAAGUAUAAAGUAGGACAUAAUGUGAAUAACGAAAGAAAUUAUUUAAAUUUUUAAAAAAGCGUUUUCUUUAGUGGAAAUCUCUUGUCAUUUAACUUUUUUUUUUUAAAGUUUAAUCUUUAGCACACAUCACUGGCGGAUCAAGAACUUUGGAGUGGGGGGGGGGGCGAAGUUUUUCCAACAAACCCUAACCCUAACGCCCAGUAAACCCUAACACUAUGCAUAAACGUGCGUAUAUAUAUUCGAUAUAUGAGAAUAAAAUAAGACUGUUUCUCAAACUUCGGCGAAAAAAAAACAGUCAUGUUGAGGCCUUUCUCUUGCAAGCUCGGGGGUCUGGGAGAGCGCUGUAAGGUUCUCAGGGUGGUUCGGGGCAAAGCCCCGACACCCAAAAGCGUUUUCUUGCAUUUUUCACUGCAGAAACUCACUCUCCUGACAUCUACAGCUCAUUAUUUAUCAGUGGGUUCGCCCCUACGCCAAAAGCGUUUUUUUGCAUUUUUCACGGCUGAAACGCAUUCUCCUGACAUCUACUGCUCAUUAUUUAUCAGUGGGGUUCGGGGCGAAGCCCUGACGCCAAAAGCGUUUUCUUGCAUUUUUCAUGGCUGAAACGCAUUCUCCUGACAUCUACGGCUCAUUAUUUAUUAGUGGGGUUCGGGGCGAAGCCCCGUCGCCAAAAGCGUUUUUUAUUGCAUUCUUCACUGCAGAAACGGAUUUUCCUGACAUCUACAGCUUAUUAUUCAUUCUAUUAUAAAGGACCUUUUGAAAAAUGUUUGAAAAUAUUCUAAUAUGAAUUUAUAGUCCCUGAAUACAUUGCAAAUAAAACCGAUUUGUUCCUUGAAAAGAUAAGAUACCACACAUAUUUAGAUUAAGGCUUUGAGGAUCGCCGCCGAAAAAAAAAAUAUUCGAUAAAUAAUAUUCAAUAAAAUUCAAGCAUAAAUUGUGAAUUAUAGUCCUAAAUUUAUUUAACUAGAAAAAAUAUGAGAUAGAGUAAAGGUUGGAAAAAGGCGACUAGGAAAAGAUUAUCUGGCUUUUGAACUCAUCUCAACCGUGACUGUUAUAUUGAAAAAUAAUUUUGUUUGAAUUAUAACUUUUCCAAAGCAAAGUCUUUCUUAAAAUAGUUUUGAUAAAUUCAUGUGAAAUUACACAAACUCUGUCUGGAAAGGGGAAGGGCGGUAAAAUGAAAACGAUUAAUCCUCGCUCCUUUUUAUAAUUUCUGCUAAUGAUUGCAUUUUGCAUUCAAGAAUAGGGGUUGGGUGACUCGAUAUAAGAAUUUACUUUAUAGCAUAUAUAAAUUAUAUUAGUGACAGAUUUUUUAAAUUUUGUAAUUUCUUACUAUAAUACAAAAAAGAAAAAGUAUUGGUUUGUCCGAUGGGGGGAAGGUGAUUGCAUGUAUCGCACUUCCACCUGUUUAUAUUAUAUAGAUAUUCGACUAAUUUUGUUCACAUACUAUGAUUUCUCCAUAAAAGUAGGACCGCCCCCCCACUCAAAGGGUAUAGAUGUGAAGGGCAGUAGAGGUAUUCGCUCCUCCCCUUCCAAUCGGCCAACAGGUGAACGACAUAAUAUAAACCCAGUUAAAAUACCAAUAACAAGUUUAAUCAUAUAGAUAUUUCAUUGAUUUUGUUAGCAAUCUGUGAUUUCUACAAAUAAAUAGGACCGCCCCCCCACUCGAACGUUUAUGGUGGAAGGGGGGGGGGGUUGAUGCCAUCGCCCCCUCCCGACCCUACCAUAUCGGCCAAAAUACUAGAAGGAGGGGGGCGAAAUAAUCUAAAAAUAGGUUGAAAUAUAAAUAAUUAGUAUAUAUUAUUAACAUAAGUAAUAAAUUCGUAUAAAAAAUUGUGUGAAUUCUAUACUAAAAGUCGUCCAACCCCCCCUUCGAUCGCCCCUACCGCCCCCCCCCCCUGGAUCCGCCAGUGGCACACAUACACAACACCAUUACUGAGCACUAUGCAGAAACAAAGCCACGGACCAAUGCGAGACACCACUCCACAAAACUUUCCAUGACAUUGUUCAAUAACAACAUACCAAGGCAAAAAUACAUAACACCAUUUUAAGGUAACAUUACAUAACACCAUUCCAAAGUAACAUUACAUAACACCAUUCCAAAGUAACAUUACAUAACACCAUUCCAAAGUAACAUUACAUAACACCAUUCCAAAGUAACAUUACAUAACACCAUUCCAAAGUAACAUUACAUAACACCAUUCAAAGGUAACAUUACAUAACACCAUUCCAAAGUAACAUUACAUAACACCAUUUCAAGGUAACAUUACAUAACACCAUUCCAAGGUAACAUUACAUAACACCAUUCCAAAGUAACAUUACAUAACACCAUUCCAAGGUAACAUUACAUAACACCAUUCCAAGGUAAUAUUACAUAACACCAUUCCAAAGUAACAUUACAUAACACCAUUCCAAAGUAACAUUACAUAACAACAUUCCAAGGUAACAUUACAUAACACCAUUCCAAAGUAACAUUACAUAACACCAUUCCAAGGUUACAUUACAUAACACCAUUCCAAGGUAACAUUACAUAACAACAUACCAAAGUAACAUUACAUAACACCAUUCCACAAGUAAUAUUACAUAACACCAUUCCAAGGUAACAUUACAUAACACCAUUCCAAAGUAACAUUACAUACACCAUUCCAAAGUAACAUUACAUAACACCAUUCCAAAGUAACAUUACAUAACACCAUUCCAAGUAACAUUACAUAACACCAUUCCAAGGUAAUAUUACAUAACACCAUUCCAAAGUAACAUUACAUAACAACAUUCCAUCCAAGGUAACAUUACAUAACACCAUUCCAAAGUAACAUUACAUAACACCAUUCCAAGGUUACAUUACAUAACACCAUUCCAAGGUAACAUUACAUAACACCAUACCAAAGUAACAUUACAUAACAACAUACCAAAGUAACAUUACAUAACACCAUUCCACAAGUAAUAUUACAUAACACCAUUCCAAGGUAACAUUACAUAACACCAUUCCAAAGUAACAUUACAUAACACCAUUCCAAAGUAACAUUACAUAACACCAUUCCAAAGUAACAUUACAUAACACCAUUCCAAGGUAACAUUACAUAACACCAUUGCACAAGUAACUAUUAAAGAGAGCCAAUGUCUUAUUGAGUUUAUAUUGGAAAAUUUUGUUAAACUUUUAAUUAUAGUUAUUUUUUUAGUUAUUUAUUGCGAACUUGGGAGUUUGGAAGCGUUCGCAUAGUAAUGGACCUUUUUGUUUCUGGAACUGCAUUAUGGCUUAGGAGACUCAAAAACUCAUAACCAGGCCAUGCAUUUCGUGCAUUUUCAAAUAACGAAUUAAUACAAGUUCGUGUUGCUGGACUAUGAUGACGUAUGAUCGCCAGACAGGGUCGGCCUUAGGCAUAGGCAAACUAGACAGCCGUCUAGGGGCCUCCGAUUGGUGUGUGGGGGGGGGGGAGCAGCACAGGACUCAAAGAAUUUUUUUAGAGAAAGAAUAGUUAAACAUAGAUCAAAUCUCAAACAUAUCAAAACUCUAUGGCUCUAUGUCUAUUAGCCUAGCUCUCAUAAGUGUCUACUAUGAUUGUAGAUUUAUUCACAAAUGUUUAUAUCUAUUUGUUAGACUAGAUAUUUCUUCCUUUUGGUGAAAUAUCGAAACGUUAUAUCUAGUCUGGUGGUCAUCAAUCGUCCAUGAAACACUCUCGUGCUCUUGGCGCUCUUAUCAAUUUGACGUGUUUCUUGAUUGAGCUAGAUAUGCAGGUCGGUUUAUAAUUCAUUGCGUAUUGCUUGAUUGAGUUAGAUAUGCAGGUCGGUUUAUAGUUCAUUGCGUAUUGCUUGAUUGAGUUAGAUAUGCAGGUCGGUUUAUAGUUCAUUGCGUAUUGCUUGAUUGAGCUAGAUAUGCAGGUCGGUUUAUAGUUCAUUGCGUAUUGCUUGAUUGAGUUAGAUAUGCAGGUCGGUUUAUAGUUCAUUGCGUAUUGCUUGAUUGAGCUAGAUAUGCAGGUCGGUUUAUAAUUCAUUGCGUAUUACUUGAUUGAGUUAGAUAUGCAGGUCGGUUUAUAAUUCAUUGCGUAUUGCUUGAUUGAGCUAGAUAUGCAGGUCGGUUUAUAAUUCAUUGCGUAUUGCUUGAUUGAGUUAGAUAUGCAGGUCGGUUUAUAGUUCAUUGCGUAUUGCUUGAUUGAGCUAGAUAUGCAGGUCGGUUUAUAAUUCAUUGCGUAUUUUUCGGUCUUAAUUUUUUUUGUUUUUCUAUUUCAUUUGGGGCCACCCCAUUCGCUUCGCCUAGGACCUCCUAUUCACUUCGUCUAGGGCCUCCAAUGACCUAAGGUCAACCUUGGAUGGACUCAUAAUUGAAAAUGUCAAAUAUAAUCAGUCUUCAAUCUAUUUUCAAUAGAAACUGUCCCCAUUAUAUUGAGUAUUAUUACCAAACACGUAUCUAUAUGUAUAUAUGUUUGCAUUAAUGUAAGAGGACAAUAAAAUAAAUAU